AUGCUCGGCAAAGAUAUUUUAGUAGCAGGAGAUUUAAAUUGCAACUUACUCGUUGACUCCACCGAAUCUUGCGCUCUAAGAGACCUGUGUUCAACUCUAAAUCUUACGCAGCUGAUCUCAUCUCCCACAAGAGUAACUGAGACAUCGCAAACGCUUAUUGAUGUUAUACUUGCCUCCAAUGUAGACCUUGUCAAGAAAUCUGACGUUCUUAGCAUCACUAUUAGCGAUCAUUUUCUGGUUUACUCUACACUGAACCUGAAAAUGCCUCGAACAAAACCAGUCACAAUUACAACUCGUAGCUAUAAGAACUUUAAUGCAGACGCUUUUUGUAACGAUAUAUCAAAGAUCCCUUGGGAUACCGUCACGGUUUUUGACCACACUGACGAUCAGGUCUCCUGUUUCAAUAAUCUUUUUCAAGAUGUUUUAGAACAGCAUGCCCCCGUAAAAACGUUUAAAUCUAAAUAUCGCAAAUCCAAGGUGAUAACUCCUGAGAUCAGAGAUUUAAUGCGUGAACGUGAUAGAUUGCGAAAACGUGCACAUCAAAGAUCUAAUCCCCGUGACUGGGAGCGUUACAGAGGCCUACGACAAGAGGUUAAAUCGAAGAUAAUGCUGUCAGAAAUCCAGUUAGUGAAAGAUGAAAUCAGUGAGAACAAGAGUAACAAGACAUCCAUCUGGAAAACUGUCCGACAUUGCUUAAACCCAUGCGGUAAUUCAACCACCGCUUACUCACGCGACUGUACAGAGAUUGCCAACGAAUUCAAUCUGUUCUUUACAUCAGUUGGCGAAGCUGCUGCAAAACAAGCCCAGAAAUUGGCUAUAGACUACGAACUAGAAGCUGUUGCCCCUACCAAUUCUAUCAUUGAGGAAUGCGUGGAUGGCAUUGCCCCGUUUCUGUUCAAUUGCGUUACACAGGAACAAGUAAGAAACAUCAUCAUGAAUAUGCCGACAAACAAGGCUCCGGGGUAUGAUAAAGUUGGUAUGAAAGUUCUCAAGAUGUGUCUCCCUUCCAUCUUACCUGUAAUUACAGACAUGUUUAAUACAUCACUUUCAACUGCAUGUUUCCCGAAGGACUGGAAACAUGCUGAGGUAGUGGCGCAUCUAAAAGAGGGGGACCAUGAAGUAGCCGGUAAUAAUCGUCCCAUCUCUCUACUACCAGUAAUGUCAAAGGUUUUGGAAAGACUAGCACAUGACCAAUUUGUUGAUUAUCUAACAACCAACAACAUGCUCUCUGAUCACCAGAGUGGAAAUAAGAAAUGCCAUUCAACGGAAACGUUGGGAAUCCUGUUCACUAGUCAUCUUUACAGGGCUAUCGACGAGAAAAAGGUGACAGCCGUUCUUAUGUUGGACUUGAGUAAAGCGUUUGAUAGCAUUGACCAUCGGAGAUUGCUAGAUAAACUACGAAAGUUCAAUAUUCCUGAUCUAACCUUGGCUUGGUUUCAAAGCUACUUAACUGACAGAACACAAUGCGUACGUAUUCAAAACUCUCUUUCGGAUUCUUUACCAAUCAAACAUGGAGUUCCACAGGGGUCUAUCCUGGGACCCCUGUUGUUUAAUCUCUACAUAAACGACUUACCAUCAGUCUGCCAGACUUGCAACGUUGAAUCUUAUGUAGAUGAUUCAAAACUUUAUAUCUCAUUUUCGAAUAAGGAUGUAAAUGAAGGCCUUGAUAACCUUAGACACGAUUUGAAUCGAGUUGCUUCAUGGUGCUGUGAGAAUCAUCUUCUUAUAAAUCCUGGUAAGACAGAGUUCUGUGUGUUUGGCUCUAAUAGAAUGCUAGCGAAGACAAUUAUCCCGCCGAUAACGUUUCUAGGGAAGGAAUUACCUGUCGUUGAUUCGGUGAAGGACCUCGGAAUGAUAAUAGACAAACAUUUAUCAUUUAACGAUCACACAGACGCUUUAACAAGCGAUCUUAUGGGCAAGUUAGCAAUGAUUAGUAGAAUUCGUCACCUAUUUGACAAAUCUACACUUUUCAUUGUAAUUAACUCGCUUGUUUUUACAAAGUUAUUCUACUGCUCCUCGGUAUGGUCAGGUACUAGCAAAUCAAAUCUUGCUAAACUUCAACAAGUGCAAAACUUUGCAGCCCGCCUGUUGUCAGGAAAGAGGAAAUAUGAACAUAUUACACCCACCCUCAAAGAGUUAAAACUACUUCCAGUAUCCGAGGCUUUUAGACUUAGAGACGGUGUUCAAAUGUUUAAGUGCAUGAAUAAUCAAGCACCGAAUUACCUGAUUAAUAUGUUUCAAAAAAGAUCAGACAUUCAUAAUUAUAAUACAAGGAACACCAAUGACCUGAAUCUAGCAAAGUGCCGCACUGCACUGGCUCAGAAUUCAUUUUGUUAUAGAGGCGCGGUGAUAUGGAACUCAUUGCCAUCUGAGCUCCGUGAUUUAGCCAGCCUGAACUGUUUUAAACGUAGUUUGAGAAGCCAUCUUCUUAGAAGUUGGCUUGCUUAAUUUUAUAGUAUAUAAAUAACUAGUUUAUAAUAUUGUAUAAUUUCAGAUAUUUAAUCGUGUAAAUUAGGUAUGAAGAUCCUCUCGGGGAACCUAAUAAAUUUUAUUGUAUUGUAUUGGACCAUCUUUCUAAAUUAAUCUCUGAAACAUUCUAUGACUCUUGAAUUGCCAAAGGCUUCUCGUGCAAACGAACAAAAGCUGCUGCGUUGACGUAUAAUGUUCUGGCGAAAUCAUUUAAAACCGAGCUACGAGGACAAAUCAAGGCAACCGGGACACUUGGAAGAAAGUUUGUUUCCUUGAUUAUUGACGAAACGACCGACAAGGGAACAACAAAGUGUAUGGCAAUUGUCGUGAAAUUCUUCAGCGAAACACUACUGAAGGUAGAUACUAGAUUAUUAAAUUUAGUACAUGUUGACGGCGAAACAGCUGCGGAACUUUUUGAGACAAUGGAGAAUGACCUACACAAACAAUGGUGUCGAACUCAAAGAUCUUGUUGGAUUUGCUGCUGA